UAACCCUGGAAUGUGCAGUUAGUAGAUAAAGUCGACAGAUUAAUUCUAAAUGUUGAAUAAACCUUGUACGCCAUGAAAUGCAUGUAGCUAACAUGGUGCCUGUCAUGAACUAACUGUUAAAAUAUAAUUGAAACCUUUUGGAAGUGCAAUGAUCGUACAUAAAUCGAUGUAUUUACGCUUUUUAGCCAUUAUUGCAUUAGCAGCGAUUGGAAUCAUAUUGAUGAUCUCAAGUCUUCCCAUAUCUGAUACGUGCAAAUGUGAGAAUCCAGUGGAUCGGGAUGUACAGCAUGAAAAAUUUCAUAGCAGUUUCAAGGAGCUGCAUCCUUCGGACAAGCAAAAGUUAGCAAUUUUAGUACCAUUCCGAGAUAGAUUCGACGAGCUCCUACGGUUUGCGCCUCACAUGUCUGCUUUCUUAAACCGGCAACUGGUUCCGUUUCACAUUUUUGUACUAAACCAGAACGACCGAUAUCGUUUCAAUCGAGCAUCGUUAAUAAACGCCGGGUUUUUACUGGUGAAAGAUCAUUAUGAAUAUAUUGCUAUGCAUGACGUUGAUUUACUGCCGUUAAAUAAUAAUCUUAAAUAUGAGUACCCUGCGGAAGGACCGCUGCAUAUCUCCGGUCCGGAAUUUCACCCGAAAUACCACUAUGCAACGUUUAUCGGAGGGAUUUUGUUGCUAAAACUAGAACACUAUCAAAUGCUCAAUGGAAUGUCCAACAGAUAUUGGGGUUGGGGUCUUGAAGAUGACGAAUUUUACGUACGAAUCAAGGAAGCUGGCUUGGAGGUGUUCCGACCGCGAAACAUUACUACCGGAUCUGAGAACACCUUUUUACAUGUCCACGACCGUUUGCAUCGUCGGCGAGACACGGCAAAAUGUUUCAAUCAACGAGAAGUGACACGCCGGAGGGAUCGUGACACAGGACUAAAUACGCUUCGAUAUAGUCUGGACAGCCGUAGAGAGUUAACUAUUGACGGCGUCGCAGUAACGGUAUUCAAUAUUAAUCUAGAGUGUGAUAAAUCACAAACUCCUUGGUGUGAGUGUGACAGUAAAGUAGAAGCAAAAUCUCGUUUAGAUAGUAAAACAAAAACUUGAAUUUCUUGCCAUAAUGUACAUAUAGAGAAUGAAAUGUUGAAUAACUAAUGUUCUUAGUUGGACUUUUUUUUAGAUAUU